AUGUCUACCAUAAGAUAUGAAUGUGUCUCAAAUCCAGAUUCAUUAGCAAUAAAUGAUGAAGCAAGAAUUUAUAAUACGGAACAAAUCGAUGAUACAGCUCUAAUUACCACUCAUAAUGAUAACUUUGAUCAUAUCUUCGUGGAUAAUAUUACCUGGCAAAAUAUCUUUGAGGAUAUACGAUAUUCACAACGACAACAACGAUUUUGUAUAGGUAUUAUUAUCUCGAUGAUUUGCUUAAUGUUGAUUCUUUUGGUAUCAUUAUUAUCGGGUUUUGGUAAAGUUAUUUUUGAUGUUAUCACAUAUCAGGAAAAAUCACGCCAUGGUCUUAUGAUGAUACCAAAUAUCCGGAAACGAUCUCUCAAUGUAUUUCAUUUUAACUUGCGAAAUGGUACAGCAAAUGCAGAAUACGUGAAAGAAAUUGAUGAUUAUCUUGAAAAAUAUGUUAAAGACCGAGAAACGAUGGGAGAAUUUUUGAAGAUUUGUACGAUGGAAGAACGAAGCGAUAAAAAUCAUUGGUGCGCAUUUGACAUCAAACGACAAUUUCAUUCCGAUUGUUCCAAAACAACUAAUUACGGUUAUGAUUCUGGCAAUCCAUGCAUGUUAUUCAUUUUUAACAAUCGUUUGGGUUGGAAGCCAAAUAUGAAAAAUGAAAUGGAUUAUUUACCAUUCUUUUGUCAUAUGCACUAUCAAUAUUCAUCAAAUAUUUACACCAAUAUUACCUAUUAUCCAUCAUUACCUACACCAAUACGUAACGGUGGUUUUCAAAUGAAUUUAAUACCAAAUGAAAAAAUUCUCGAUGAUAAUGGUAAUGAAAUUAUUGGAGAAGAUGGAAAUAUUCUCUAUACUUUACCACCAUUGGUAAUGGCAAAAAUAACAUUCGAAAAUGUAAAACGAAAUGAGAACGGUAAUUUGGGUCCAUUCACUAUGGAUUGUCGAAUAAAAGAUAACGUUGCUGGAUAUCAGUUUGAUAAUAUCGAUAACUUCAAUGGUCAAACAGUUGUCACAUUUGAUUUUGUUCCACAAUUUUCAUGA